AUGAUUCACUGUACAUUCUAUCAGCUAAAAGUUCUCCCCUACAAAACCAUCCAAAAAUGGAAACCUCUGAUCAUCCUCAUCAUCAUCAUCCUUCUCCUAACCAACCAACUCUUCAACCACAUCCAAUUAAAAGCAGCCAGAUCAUACCCAACAUACCAUUUUGCCUACUUGGAAGAACUUAUUCCUGAGCCAUUUCUAAGUAAAAUCCUUCGGGAAAAUCCCAAAAUGUGCCGCUACGGAAUUCCGUGUUCGUAUUGGAAUAAUUUAAACGCUGGUGAUGACGACAACAAUGCCUGUGAUAUUGUUGAUGACGUCAUCGACCUUCGGGUCAUAGUCAUGUCAUUCUCGAGGUCAAGGUCGUUGAAGGUUUUGUUAAGGUCACUGGAUGACCUUCUUCUUGACGGGGAUCGGGCGGCCAUGGAGAUCUGGAUCGAUAGGAGGGACAGGCUCACACACACUGACAAACAAGCUCCAUGCAUCUGCAUGCUGUGA